UUGGGUACCGUGAUUUGGCAUUUGGACCGCGACGGCAGUAAGGAUUUCAUCGCAGAUAUCGUGGACGACACCCCGGUGCUGAUCGCCAAAGGCGGCGAUGGCGGUUGGGGCAACGCCAGGUUUGUGUCACCUACCAACCAGGAACCCAUGCUGUCCCAAUCCGGCGGCAAGGGCGAGUUCAUCGUGCUGUGGCUGGAACUUAAGCUGCUGGCCGAUGUGGGCCUGUUGGCCAAACCCAACGCCGGCAAAUCGACCCUCAUCUCCCGGUGCUCGGCGGCGCGGCCCAAGGUAGCCAGCUACCCCUUCACUACGAUCGAACCGGUGCUGGGCGUUGUGACCCAAAACGGUCACGAUUUCGUGAUGAUGGAAGUCCCUGGAUUGCUGGAAGGCGCUCACCGGGGUAUUGGUUUGGGACACCAGUUUCUUCGCCAUGCCGAGCGUGCCCGCGUCUACGUACACCUUAUCGACGGUUUGUCAGACGACCCGGUGGGUGACUAUCUCAUGCUCAACAAGGAACUUCGCGAAUUCAGCCCCAUGCUGGCUGCCAAACCCCAGGUGGUGGCGGUCAACAAGCUGGAUACUACCGAAACCCGCGAACUCCAGGACGUGAUCGAAGAGGAACUGCGCCGUGCCAUGUCGGAGGAACCAGAGGCGUCGAAUUUCGGAGGCGCCGACUCCCAUAUUCACUUCAUAUCCGCGGUGUCCGGUGAGGGUGUGGACGGCCUCAUGAGCCAGCUGGUCACCCUUUUGACCGACCUCCCAAAGCCCGGGUUCGAUGAGAACGAUGAUGAAGGGGAAUCGGUGGAGGUCGAGGUCGAAACUCCCGCGGUGCAACCGGGCCGGCAGCGCCUCCCUCCCCUCGGUUUCUACAUGGACGGCGAUGUUUUCGUUGUCGAGUCUGAACGUCUGGAACGGCUCACCGCCCGCGCCGAUAUGCGGGACUACCGCGUACUGCUCCAGUUGUGGCGCGAAAUGACCCGCCUGGGAAUUGCCAGGCGACUGGAAAACGCCGACGGAUCCGGAAUUCGGGGCAUCGGCAUUCUCGGCGGAACCUUCGACCCGCCUCAUUUGGGCCACCUGCUGAUCGCCGAAUCGGCCCGUUCCGCGCUCGAUUUGGAAACCGUGCUGUUCCUGCCGGCCGGUGAGCCCUGGCUCAAGUCCGGCCAGCAGAUCACGCCGGCCCGGCACCGGCGACGCAUGGUCGAACUGGCCAUCGCCGACAACGCCGAUUUCCGCCUUUGCGAUACUGAGUUGCGCCGCAGCGGGCCGUCUUACACCGUAGACACGCUGGAGCAGUUGCGUGCCGGUUACCCGGAUGAUGUCGUCUUCUACUUCAUCGUUGGCUCCGACGUUCUGGCUCAAUUUCACCGGUGGAAAGAACCCGAACGUGUCCUGCAGCUUUGCCGUCUCGCCGUCGUUGAGCGCCCCGGGGGGCCGUCCAACCCGGUGCAACUGAUGGAACGACGGUAUCCGGAUGCAGUGGCGUCAGGUGCAGUAUUGACGGUAUCCGGGCCGCGGGUGAACUUCAGCGCGUCAGAAAUUCGCCAGUUGUUUUCCCAGGGUAUAUCGGUGCGCUAUCAGGUGCCCGACGCCAUAACCGACUACAUCCGAGAGCAUGGGCUGUAUCAAAGCGUCGAUACGUCCCAUGCCGCCAAAACCGAUGCCACGGAGCCAAACAUGACGAUGGACCGCAACCACAACAUCGACCGAUUGCUGGAGCUGGCCCUGGAACGCGGAGCCCUCCGCUACGGCGAUUUCACGUUGUCGUCAGGUCGCAAAAGGUCCUACUACUUCGACGGCCGUUUGCUCAGCCUCGACCCCGAAGGUUCAUACCGGUUGGGCCAUGCGUUGCUGCCCCUGCUUACCGAUGCCGGUGUAUCCGCCAUAGGCGGCCCUACGUUGGGCGCAGACCCUAUUGUGGCCGCCGUGGCCACCGUUUCCUGGGAGCAGGGACAACCCAUUCCCGCAUUCAUCGUCCGCAAGGAAGCCAAAGAGCACGGCACGGCCCAGCUCAUUGAGGGGUCGGUUACUGCCGGAUCCACCGUUGCCAUCGUCGACGACGCCUGCACCACCGGAGGGUCCCUGUUCCACGCCAUCGCCGCCGCCGAAACGCCGGCUGCACCGUGGGCCUGGUGCUUGCCAUUCUCGACCGCAACGAAGGCGGCAGUGAUGCCAUUCGGCAGCGCGGGUACCGUUUCGCUUCCCUGCUCGCCGCCGGGGACGACGGACAGAUCAGGCCGGCAUAAUUUCCGUUUCCGCCUUGAUCGGAGAGGGCAGGGGUGA